CACUCUUGAGGACCCUCUUCCUCUUGCUAUAAAAUUAAAACUACCUAACCCCUCUCCCACAAAAUAUUAAAUAAGAAAGAAAACAAGAAGAAAAAAAAGAAGCCUCUCAUUAUGGUCUAUGGGAGAAGAAGCACAGCCUCCUCAAUCUCCGAUGUCUUCACUCUCAACCCUCUACCAUAUCCAGUCCUUGUGAUCCUGGCUGUGAUCUCCAUCUUUCUAGGCAUAUCUUGGUACUUCAGCUAUGAAUCCGCGGUCGAAACCGCCGAAGAGCAGAUGAGUUGGAUUCUUUUGGCAGCGCCUAUCGUUCUGAUACUGCUUGUGAAGCUCCUAUCCACUAUGGAUGAUCCACAGAGCUUCUUUACCGGGUCGCCUUGGGGCCGGCGCAGGGCAAUCAACAGCUCGCCGUCCGAGGGUAGCUCGCCGUGGGGCGUGGCGGCUCUCAUCGUGCUCCUCCUGGUUUUGCUCCAGUAUCAGUCUAGCUUUCUUGAGAGCUGGUUUGGUUGAAGCUUUUGAAGAUGAUGAUGAUCAUGUGAAAGCUAAACUAGAGGUGUUUAUUUUGUCUUCUCUUUUUGCUCUUUUUCGUUUGGAUGGGUGAUCAAGAAGUGGGGUUUCUGUAAUUUGGAUAAAACUGAUGUAUAGAGUGUUGUAUGAGGUUGAUGAGAUUAGAGAGAGGUUGAUGAGAUGGAUCAGUAAUCUCUUUUUUUCUGUGUAAUCUGCAAAAUAUGAAGCCUGUAAAUUACCAAUACCAGAGUUACAUGAUGAAGUUGGGUGA